AUGAAUUCAGAUCGCAGUUGGAUGUAUAGUGGGAGACUGGUCAGAGGAUUGUUGACUGAAGGGUACAUCAGUAACGUUAGGGAGUUUUUGAACUUUGCUGUGCAACACCCCGAGUGUAUGAGCGGGGCUCAGAUAAAAUGCCCUUGCCCUAAACCCAAAUGUCGGAACACUGCUUUUCGAACUGUUGACGAAGUGGAGUUUCAUCUCUACACAGACGGGUUUGUGAGUAAUUACCACGUCUGGACUCACCAUGGUGAGGAAAAUAGGAGGGUCGAGGUGCCUGUUAAUAUUCUGCAAGCGGACAACAUGUGGGAGCAUAGAAAUGAAGACGAGGGUUGCAGUUCAUUCCAGAGAAUGGUUACUGAUGCGGGUGGUCCCGAAGUAUGGACAGAAGAGCCUCCGAAUGCAGAAGCUCAGAAGUUUUAUGAUAUGAUGCGUGCGGCCGAAGAACCCAUAUGGCCUGGGAAUGACAGACACUCCGCUUUGUCUGCAGCCGUAAAAUUUUUAGAAUUCAAGUGCCGAUUUCAAGCGUCUGACGGUCUGAUGAAUGAAAUGAGCGAGUUUGUACAUCAACUGUUACCUAAAGACAACAAGUUAGCGAAAAAUUCGUACAGCAUUAAAAAGCUAGUCAGAGGGCUUGGGCUUCCAGUUGAGGUGAUUGACUGCUGUAAAAAUAUGUGUAUGAUAUACUGGGGUGACGAUGCGGGUUUGACUUUGUGUAAAGUAUGCGGGCAUGACAGGUGGAAACCAGCUACUGCGGGUAAUUCAAAAAGAAGAAAGACGAAUGUGCCUUAUAAAAAAAUGCAUUACUUUCCUUUAACUCCGAGGCUGCAGAGGUUGUACGCUUCUAGGGCAACAGCUAAACAUAUGAGGUGGCACGCCGAGCACGAGAUGGAGAAUGGUGUGAUGAAUCAUCCGUCUGACUCGCCAGCUUGGAAACACUUUUCGGAGUUACAUCAAGAUUUUGCAGCAGAAGUUAGAAAUAUCAGAUUGGGGUUGUGUACGGAUGGGUUUCAACCAUUUGGUGCAUUUGGGCAACAAUACUCGUCAUGGCCGGUAAUUGUGACUCCGUAUAACUUGCCUCCUGGCAUGGCCAUGAAAGACGAGUUCAUGUUUCUAACGGUUCUUGUUCCCGGACCCAAUAGUCCAAAAGGCAGUUUGGAUAUUUUCCUACAGCCGCUAAUAGCAGAACUGAACCAUUUGUGGGAAUUUGGGACGCGGACAUAUGACAUUCAUAGGCGGCAAAAUUUUCAAUUGAAAGCCGCUCUUAUAUGGACGAUCAAUGAUUUUCCGGCUUAUUCAAUGUUGUCUGGAUGGAGCACAUCGGGUAAACGGGCAUGUCCUCACUGUAUGGAAGAAACUGAUGCAAUUACCCUUCCGAAGAGUGGUAAACAAUCGUGGUUUGAUUGCCACAGAAAGUUCUUACCACCUGAACAUUCGUACCGCAUACGAGGUUGGAGCUCAGGAGACGAAUGCUCAGAAAUCAAAGCAUCAUGGGUGGCAUAA